UAAUGUCUCGUUUAGGACACGCUAGUGAAUAGACUUCUCUGUGCGGUGAAUUGUGAAGGGCCUUAACUCAAUGCCACCACUAAACAGGUGGAAGUGAUUGCUGUAUUUAAAAGUUGUCAUUGCAUUUCUCGUUUUUAACAUUGGAGAUUUAUCUUUCUGGCAAAGGUUAGUUCAGACUGGAUUGUUUUUACUAGUUCUACAUCCACAUAGUUCAAAUCUAUAUCUCUUUAAGAGGACGUCUUUAUAGUCUAUUGAUUCAGUUUGUACUUAACAGAGACAAAGAAUACAAGUCUUACUAUGAGGAUUAAUCAAUUAAAAGUUGUAGAGAAAUCAAGAAAGUAGAAUCAUUUUUAAUCGCCUCAGAUGACAUUCUUGUUGCAAGAUAUUUGUGGUCAAACUUUGCUCAUUCAGGUGUUUUAAUAAUACAGCCUGAAAUACAACAACCAAUGAAUCUAUUUAAUCUACACGAGUGCAAGGUAAAUUAGAGGACAAAAUGUCGUUUGAAGUUCUCGUGGACAAAAAUGUGAACUUUCGAGGCGUUUGGUGUGCUGGUGAGAGAGUGACAGAGAAACGGAUCAAAUUAAUUUUUUCAGAAUACUCCAGCAAGCCAUCGCGCUCUUGUAGAUUCCAGCUGACCUCCUCUGGGCUGCAUCUGGAGCUUCACCCGACGGCAGACGGGAAAAAAGGUGGGAAAAUGAACGAGAUCAGCUUUCAGAACAUCAGAGACAUUGUGUACAGUCAGCAGGACCUAACCUGUUUACUUGUGAUAUAUGUUGACCCAAACAGCACGCUAAGCGUUCUGGCCUGCUCCAGUGAACGUCCGGAGGACAUGAUGUCCAUACAUAAGGCUUUUCUGAAAGAGAGGUACCGCCGUCAGCAGGACGGCCACGCCAACUGGACUUUACAGCAGAGGGUCGUCGUUCCCAACGGGAGCCCCUUGCCCCACAACAACGCCCUAGGUGCAAGACUUUUACAGCGAUCUAACCUGACCUCUGCAGCCAAAGGAUCUUCCUACAGAAGCUACAGCGAGAGUGACGCCGGUGAUGAGAAUGUAUUUCUUAACGAGGAAGGAUUAUUGGUACAACGAGACGAGAUCAAAGUGGAUAGAGAACCCAUCGAUCUCAAUAAUGACGGUCUUCCAGAAGCGUAUCAUGUUGGGAUUCAGACUAUUCAAGUAGACAAUGAUGUAGACUCCGCUUCCAUUAUGUCUGAGACUUCCAUGCAGACUUUGAAAGAUGAUUACAAUGCUCUGAAUGAAGAAAUGAAAGCUUUAAAGAUUCUCCUGGAGAAAACCACGGGCAUUAGUGCUGAGGAGUACUACAGACGUGGAGAUCUGCCUCAGCCUCGAAACAGAAAAAUUGUUGCCUUUGAAGAAAAUUCUCAAGGUCAUCGCAAUCCUAGUCUAACCCAGGAGAACGGCGCUAGUGGUGCCAUAGUGGACGAAUCAAGCACAUCACAUGGACUACUUGCUGGUGCGGAUGACUACGACCGGAGAAGUAUCAGUGUUCAGACCAACAAAAGUCAGAUCGCACUAAAAAAUCGCUACGCCAAAAAUCCAGUGUCACCAUCGGUUUCCAAUGCCUACAAAGAGAAAGUGGCAGCCCUGAAAAAAAGAGGCGGCGCCUCGGGCUCUGAGAGUGGAACGGGGUUGACAACAGAUGGACAAAGUUUGACCCCUGCAACAAGACCUCUGGUUGUUAAAAUUCCACAUGGCAAACCUCUGCUUAGGACCAUGAGUACCGGAAGAACAACAGUCAAUCGUCCCAUUGAGGAAGUUUAUCACCACAGAUCAGGCAGCCAAAAAAGAAGAAUCGUCAUCGCUUCCCCCAAAACAAUUCUGUAGUGAGAAAACAAAUUUAGUUAACUCAAACCUUCAUUUCAAUGUUCAGUGUCUUUCUUUACAACAAAAAAAUGUCUCUGGUCUUAUAAUUUGACAUGGUAAGAAUGUCUUUUUAAGAAACGACUAUUUUCAAAACUCUACAUGUAAAGACUUGAGAAAGGUUUGUCUGUAAUGUGACCUAAUCGUCUCAAAGUAAUUAUCUCCGGUGAAAUAUUAUUGCUUAUACAAAUGUAUCAUCCAUUUCCCUUCUUCAACUUACACAAAUAUUUUCAAAGAUUCCUAGAAACUUCUCUUCAAAGUCAGUCCUUGUCAAAUAUUUCUUUCAGUUGUUUUUUUCAAUGUUUGAUUCUAAUUAGACAAGUAAAGACACACGUUUUGCUGAAGUUGUCUAUAUAAAAAAAAAAACAAAAAAAACCUCAUUAUAUAAACAUAUGAGAAGUUGUAGAAUGUUAUAAUUUUCAAAAUAUUUUUAAAGGUAAUAAUCUAAAGACGGUUUGAAUUAGCAUACCUUGGUUUACAUCUGUGGUUUUGAGUCAUAAGUUACAAAGUACGUAGCAAUGUCGAAUGAGUGAAUAUAGAGACAUAGCAGACGUUACUUUCUCAUCCAAUCCUCUUGCUCACUUGGCAGACACAAAACUUGAACAUCUGUUCUCCUUAAAGUGGCUUUUUGUGUACAGUUUUGCUUUGACUUUUCUCUCUCAGGUCUUAUAUCUCAACUAUCAAAGAUUUAAAAUACGAUAGAGGUGUAUAAUAUGAUAGAAGUCUUACAAAAUAUUUAUAAAAUUCUGUCUUCUUGGAUAGAGGCUACGGCCUUUCCUGGAACUUUUGUUUCAUUUCUAUUUGUAUGAAGUCACAACAGCGGCACAUAACAUGCACUUUCUCCAGCAGUGGUUAUGAGUCUAGCAAUGUGUGUCAUAUGUGGAAGAAAAAGUUUGCUAUUUAAUUAGCCGCUAAAAGUCUGUAUGAAUGGUUUUAUACUGUACUGGCUAAGGCAGAAACAAAUGAGUGAUUCAUAUAUGUAGAACCUAUAGGGUCAGGGUUUAUUUCCUCUCUAUUGGAUGGCGCCACUGUCUCAAGAUUCGUUAUAUAUUAGUUCCAUUUAACAUCCUAACAGACCUAUGUACUUAUUUCAUUUAACAUCCUAACAGACCUAUGUACUUAUUUCAUUUCACAUCCUAACAGACCUAUGUACUUAUUUCAUUUAACAUCCUAACAGACCUAUGUACUUAUUUCAUUUCACAUCCUAACAGACCUAUGUACUUAUUUCAUUUAACAUCCUAACAGACCUAUGUACUUAUUUCAUUUAACAUCCUAACAGACCUAUGUACUUAUUUCAUUUAACAUCCUAACAGACCUAUGUACUUAUUUCAUUUAACAUCCUAACAGACCUAUGUACUUAUUUCAUUUAACAUCCUAACAGACCUAUGUACUUAUUUCAUUUAACAUCCUAACAGACCUAUGUACUGAUUUCAUUUAACAUCCUAACAGACCUAUGUACUGAUUUCAUUUAACAUCCUAACAGACCUAUGUACUGAUUUCA